AUGUUGGCUCACGUCUUGCUUCUCUGUGGUCUGAGCGCUGUUGUGAUCCCACAGGAUGUCACAAAUCAAGCCCAAAUGUUUCUGGCAGAGUUCAAUGUGAGGGCAGAAGACAUCAGCUAUGAAAGCUCCCUUGCCUCAUGGAACUACAACACCAACAUUACCGAGGAGACGGCCAUGAAGAUGAACGAGGCGGGUGCCAAGUGGUCCGCGUUUUAUGAGGAGGCCUCCAGGAAUGCCAGCAGUUUCCUGCUAUCUGACAUUCAGGAUCCUCUCAUCAGGCUCCAGAUCCAGUCUCUCCAGGACAGGGGAUCCUCUGUGCUGUCACCGGAAAAAUACAGCAGGCUGAGCACCGUGCUAAAUACAAUGAGUACCAUCUACAGCACUGGGACCGUCUGCAAAACCACCGAACCAUUCGACUGCAUGGUGCUGGAGCCAGGUCUGGAUUCUAUUAUGGCCUACAGCAUAGAUUAUCACGAGAGACUGUGGGCAUGGGAAGCCUGGAGAGCUGAUGUUGGCAGGAUGAUGAGACCGUUAUAUGAAGAGUAUGUUGAACUUAAAAAUGAGGCUGCAAAGCUUAAUAGUUAUGCUGACUACGGAGAUUACUGGAGGGCAAAUUAUGAAGCAGAUUACCCAGAAGAGUAUAAAUACAGCCGUGACCAGCUUGUUCAAGAUGUGGAGAAGACAUUUGAGCAGAUAAAACCUCUGUACCAGCAGCUACAUGCCUACGUGAGGCACCGUCUGGAGCAGGCCUACGGCUCCCAGUUCAUCAGCUCCACGGGAUGCCUCCCCGCUCAUUUGCUGGGUGAUAUGUGGGGUAGAUUUUGGACAAAUCUGUAUUCCUUGACUGUUCCCUAUCCAGCCAAACCAAACAUUGAUGUAACUGAUGCAAUGGUUCAAAAGAACUGGGAUGCAAUGAAAAUAUUCAAAGCUGCUGAGGCCUUCUUCAGCUCCAUUGGCCUCUACAACAUGACCGAGGGCUUCUGGAAAAACUCCAUGCUCACAGAGCCGACCGACAACAGGAAGGUUGUCUGCCAUCCUACGGCAUGGGAUAUGGGCAAAAAUGACUACAGGAUCAAGAUGUGCACCAAAGUGACCAUGGAUGACUUCCUGACAGCGCACCACGAGAUGGGCCACAUCGAGUACGACAUGGCAUACUCUGUACAGCCCUUCCUGCUGCGGGACGGUGCCAACGAGGGCUUCCACGAAGCCGUUGGUGAAAUUAUGUCACUUUCUGCAGCUACGCCACAGCACCUGAAAUCCCUCGACCUCCUAGAGCCAACUUUCCAAGAGGAUGAAGAAACUGAAAUCAACUUUUUGCUCAAACAAGCGCUAACGAUUGUUGGAACAAUGCCUUUUACUUACAUGCUGGAGAAGUGGAGGUGGAUGGUUUUUAGGGGCGAGAUUACAAAGCAGGAAUGGACGAAGCGGUGGUGGGAGAUGAAGAGAGACAUAGUUGGUGUUGUCGAACCAGUCCCUCAUGAUGAGACGUACUGCGACCCUGCUGCACUGUUCCACGUGGCCAAUGAUUACUCAUUCAUAAGGUAUUACACCCGGACCAUUUACCAGUUCCAGUUCCACGAGGCGCUUUGCAAAGCGGCCAAGCAUACCGGCCCGCUUCACACAUGCGACAUCACCAAUUCCACAGCAGCUGGUGGGAAUCUGAGAGGAUUGCUUGAAUUAGGCAGAUCUAAGCCCUGGACUCAAGCACUGGAAAACUUAACAGGAGAGAAAUACAUGAAUGCAACACCUCUACUCCAUUACUUCGAACCUCUAUUUAACUGGCUGCAAAAAAACAAUUCUGGCAGAUACAUUGGCUGGAAUACAGACUGGACUCCAUAUUCUGAAAACGCCAUCAAAGUACGCAUCAGCCUGAAAGCAGCACUGGGGGACAAGGCGUAUGAGUGGGAUAAAAGUGAGCUCUUCUUGUUCAAGUCAUCCAUUGCCUAUGCCAUGAGGAAGUACUUCGCAGAGGUGAAGCUACAGAACGUUGACUUCCAGGCGACAGACAUUCAUGUUGGGGAAGAGACGCAAAGGGUCUCCUUCUACAUUACUGUCAGCAUGCCAGGUAAUGUCAGCAAUACUGUGCCCAAAGCUGACGUGGAAGAUGCCAUCAGGAUGUCUCGGGGACGAAUCAGUGAGGCUUUCAGGCUGGACGAUAACACGCUGGAGUUUGUGGGCAUACUUCCAACCCUGGCCACACCUUAUGAACCACCAGUCACCGUCUGGUUAAUUAUAUUUGGAGUGGUCAUUAGCCUGGUUGUCAUUGGAGUUAUUGUCUUGAUCAUCAGUGGGCAGAGAGAUCGAAAAAAGCAAGCGAAAAGAAGAGCAAGAGAAGCAGAAUCAAACUGUGAAGCGAACCCUUACGAUGAUGAUGGAAAAAGCAACAAGGGAUUUGAGUUAUCUGAGGAGACACAAACAUCAUUUUAGAUGACAUGGGACAAUAAGGGUUUCUGUUUU